AUGUCCUCCUUAUCCCUCCGUAUAUUGUGUGCCUUCGUGCUUUCGUUGAGCUUGAAUCUUCUCGGAGUUGCCGCGUUCGACAUCAGUUUGUAUGACAAUGUUGCGGUAUACUGGGGCCAAGACUCUUACGGCGCAACCCAUACGUAUGCUGCUCAACAGCCGAUAUCCUACUACUGCCAGGAUGAUGCGAUCGACGUAAUCCCGAUUGCGUUUGUGGACACCUUCUUCGGCACUGGAGGCCUCCCGGAACUCAACCUGGCCAAUACAUGCAACGCCACAGUUAAUGGGUAUUACAGCGGUACUGAGCUGCUGAACUGCACCUAUUUGGCAUCCGAUAUCGAAUACUGUCAAUCUCAGGGUAAGGCUGUAACUAUCAGCCUCGGAGGUGCUGGGGGCGGCGUUGGUUUCUCGAAUGAUAGCGAGGCUCAGACCUUCGCGGACACUAUCUGGAAUACCUUCUUGGGAGGCUCGAGUUCGACGCGGCCAUUUGGCAGCGCUGUCCUUGACGGUGUUGACCUGGAUAUCGAGGGUGGCUCUACCACUGGGUAUGCAGCCUUCGUCACUCAGCUCCGCACGUAUUUCACUGGGGCAAGCAAACAAUACUACGUGUCCGCUGCUCCUCAGUGCGUCUAUCCUGAUGCGUACAUUGGUCUUGCGCUGGACGAUGCGUAUUUUGACGCGGUUUAUGUUCAAUUCUACAAUAACCCUUGCGGUCUUCAGAACUUUGAUGAUGCGUCUGGAUGGAAUUUCGGUAUAUGGGAUAUCUGGGCGCGCACGAUCAGUCCCAACCCGAACGUCAAGGUAUAUAUCGGGGCUCCCGCGUCGAGCACAGCAGCGGGCACCGGGUACCAGAAUAUCUCGACCCUUUCCUCCAUCGCGAUCACGACGCGCAACUCCUUCCCCUCCUUCGGUGGGGUGAUGCUCUGGGAUGCCUCGCAGGCCUACGAGAACGAUCGGUAUGACCUUGCUAUCAAGAACGCGCUCGUCGGUGCGGGCGCUACUGGCUUCACGUACCCCGCGUGCUCUGCGCCCGCAUGGGAAAGCGGGGUGGGAUAUUCGGGCGGUUCACAGGUGUCGUACAACGGUUACAUCUGGGAGGCGAAGUACUAUGCCUCGGACGAACCGUCCAACAAUGCCAACGGCGACUGGAAUCCUAUCAGCGCAUGCACGGGCACGGCCCCGUCCUCCACGGCGAGCGGCACUAGCGCGACGGCGAGCCAGACGGGUACCUCGGGCGGCUCGUGCGCGGGCAUCGCGGAGUGGUCGAGCAGCGUCGCAUACACCGGCGGCGAGCAAGUGCAGUACAACGGCGAGCUGUGGACAGCGCAGUACUGGACUGAGGGCGAUACCCCUGGCGGCACUGCGGGCGUGUGGACCCUCGUCGGCCCGUGCACGUCGUCGUCGUCUAGUACGGCUGCAGCAGCUGUUGCCGCAAGGGCCACUCCAGCUCCGGAGCUGAAGAGCGCGAACUCGAACUCGCGGUUCUUCCGUCUGUGA